AUGGCGCUUCACAAACCCCAUCCCAACAAUAACCACAAUAGCCACACCACAAAUUUCGCAGACUAUGAGUCUGACGCUCAAUACUACGAUGCGUCGAAUCCACAAGCCCAACCCGCCCCUCCACCACUUCGCUCGAACGAGGAGCUGAACCUUGCAGUUCUGCGUCGCCAUAAUACCUCUAUCAUCUCUAUUCUAUCUCUCGCAAACUAUGCCGUCGUGUACAUCUUCAGUCCAACGACGCGCCAAUGGGAAAAAACCGGCAUAGAAGGCAGUCUGUUUGUCUGCACACUAGCUCCUGGUGCGCUUGGUGAAGAUAGAUACACAGCUUUCGUGUUGAACAGACGCGGGCUUACAAACUUUGACCUCCCGCUUACAGAUAGCGAGAAUGUGGAAUUGACCGAGGAAUAUGUCAUCUUGAAAGAAGACGAAGACAGCGCGCAAUCCCAAAACGGCAUUGCAGAGAUUGCCCAGCAAAAUGGCUCGGGCUCGAGUUUACGAAUUUACGGUAUUUGGAUUUACUCUGAGCCUCCACCCAACUCCACUGCGGACAUGAGAACAAUCAACGCCCAACUUAUCCGUGAAUGCGCCGCCCAUGCAGGACAAAGUUUAAAAUUGGCGAAGGAGCGUUUCGAGGCCGCGCAGCAGAAUGGACUACAUGCGGCUGCGUUGGCAGCGCAGAUGCAAGUCAUCCCACCGCUGGAAGAGCUCUAUAGAAGUCAACCUAUGGGAAGAGAACCUUCUCUGAAGGAUCUUUUCGGGCAGCAGCGAGCCCAAGAUGACGAAUGGAGCAUUCGUGCUCAUCAUGAAUCUCAACAGCUCGAGCGUUCUCCCCCAGAACCGCCACAGCCACAAACAGAUGUGCUGAGAAAUCUUUUUCAACGAGCAGGUCUGACUUAG